GGAUGAUUGUGCAUGAGUUGUGCGGGAGCGACGUACGCCCGGCUUUGUGGCAUGCAGGCAGUAGUAUGAGAAAGCUGCCAUCAAAAAGUCUUGGAGAUACACUGCACAGGGCAGGUGUUUACACUUGCAUGGGAGUGACUGGGGUGUGCCUGGUAUACUGCGGCUGGCACGCCUACACGUUCUUCACCAAGGUCAAGCCUCAGCGAGAGCGCCAGCUGCUGGAGAAGAAGCGUCAGCUGCUGGACGAGGGCGCCGCGCCGGAGCACGAGCUGAAGGAGGGCGUGCCGCGCGUACAGUACUAGACAUGCAGCUGCUGCUGGGUGGCAGCUGCCGGCAGCUGGUCAUGGCCACCGCCGCCUCGCUUUGCCGACGCGCGCACGGACAAGCCGGGGAGGCUGGCGUGCCGAAGAUGCUGUGGAAGCUGGGUCGGCUGAACCACAUCGCCAUCGCCACCCCCGACCUGAAGAAGUCGACAGCCCUCUACAGGGACGUGCUGGGGGCCGAGGUCAGCGAGCCGCAGGCCCUGCCCGAGCACGGCGUCCGCACCGUGUUUAUCAACCUGGGCAACACCAAGCUGGAGCUGCUGCACCCGCUGGGCAACGACAGUCCCAUCACGAACUUCCUGAAGAAGCACCCGUCGGGCGGCAUGCACCACAUCUGCAUCGAGGUGGACAACAUCGAGGAGGCGGUGGCCGACCUGCAGCGGCGCCAGGUGCGCUGCCUGACCGAGCGGCCGCGUACCGGCGCCCACGGCAAGCCCGUCGUCUUCCUCCACCCCAAGGACUGCGCCGGCGUGCUGGUGGAGCUGGAGGAGGCGUAGGGGGCGCUCCGUCCGCCCGGCCGAGCGGCUGGAGAGGGCCGGCGUGCCGCCCGAUGGCCGGGCCGGGCUAAGCGGCGUGGCUGCCCGGUACAGUGUGUGAGGGGUCUGCCGUACGUACCAGAGUGCCGUCUCUUAGAUGAAUUUGUAUGGCAUGGUACUGUCAGGUGUCGGUGAGAAUAAAGUGUGUGUACCUGACUUUGUUUGUGGGUAGGUGGCGGUCGUCGGUCUGCAUUUUUUCGCGUGAUUUAUAGAAGUUAGGUACAUGUCAAUAGUGUUCACGUCAAGGUCGAAGAAGUCGCUUU